GAAUUGGUGUUAUUUUUCAUUUUUUCGAUUUAUUUUUUAAGUUACAAUUUUUUAGAAAAAAAUCAGACUCAAAAAAGCCUACUUUUCGCUACUUUUUCUUCACUAUAUUUUUGAGAAGCCUUUAUUUUUAUCCCUUAAAAUGUCAUACGUCGUAAAAUUAAUUAUUUAUUUGACAUUAAGGAUUAUAUUAGUCUUUCACUUUUUUUCUCAAUUCUUAAUGCCUCUCUCUAUUUAUUUUUUAAUAUAAAAAAUUUCUGUUUUUUUCUAAUUUUUGUUUAACCAAACACAAGCAUUUAUUCGUUCGUUCCAUACCACUUCACACAAUUUUUAACACAUUUUUUGGUCGAAAUAUUUUUUAUUUUAUUUUUAAAAAAUAUUUUAAUCUUUAUAAGGCUUCUUUCUGUCUCUUAUCCCUUUUUAUCCGCACUUUAAAAACUUUUUUUUUCUUCCAAAAGUGUGACUCAACAAGAAUUAUAAGAAAUUUAAUGUGCGCCAUAAGCAUGGCGUUUUUGGCGUUAUUUUUUAAUUUUAAUAUUUUGAGGGAUUUUUUGCUUUUAAGAGUUUAGGGUUUGAAGAAAAUUUUUGUUGAGACUUCUAGCAUUAAAUUUAAAAAAAUUUGGGGUUGUUAGGCCUUGAAAAAUUUCUCAAAAAUUUUAUGGCGCACACCUUAAGGCCUAAAGCAUAUUUGCGCAUUAUUUUAAAAAUUUUCUGUUUUUAAUUAAUUUUUGCGUGUUCUUUACUCAAUUUUUAAGCCCUAAAAGUGUGUAUUAAUCCUCCUCAUAUUCCAUUAUUCAUUCAUCUCUUGGUCAUUGCUGAAAUAUGUUUAGUGGGAGUUGUUGUUGUUCCUGGCAACGACUAGAUAUACGUAAUAUUCUCUUUUUUCUUCCGGAAUGAAAAAAGAGGAAAGGGAAGGGAGAGGGGAGAUAAUUUUUCAUUUACUGUUAAACUAGGCAGAAAAAAUAUUUUUUUAUGUUGCAUAAUCAUGAGAUAUGUUGGGGGUAAAAAUGGGAGGUUUUUUGAAAAUUUUUCUGUUCAGGACUCUAAUGACCCGAAAAUUUUUCCGUAAAAUUUUCAACAAAAAAAUUUUUUCUCUUUUUGUUUUAAUUUAUUAAAGUAUUUUAAUCCUUAAAUCUUUUAAAAUUAUUUUUUUAUAUAAUCAUCCUCAUCUUUUUACAAAUAUUUUUUUCUUUCUUCAAAUUUUAAGCCCCUUUUAUUGAAAGGCACACGGUUACUUAACAUUUCUCGCGCUACAUGGAAUUUAUCUCUCCUUUAUUUUUUUAAAUUUAUUAAAUUUUGUUGCUUCAUAUUUUCUCUUCUCAUUCAUUUUACGAAUAUUUCAAAAAAUUUUUUAAAUCCACAAAAAAGGGGAAAAAUUUAUUCCAAAAAAUUUGCUCCCCUUUGAGUCUUGUUUUUGCCCUUUUCCGUUUCUCAGACUCUAACGUACAGUCAAAAAUAGUUUUUGAUCACAUCAUUUCUUGUCUAUUUCCUAUCAAUACUAGGCAGACUAAUUUUACUAAAAGUGUCCUUAUUUGGCAACUUUAAUUGAUCGAUAUUACGAGAUUAAUAACAGCAUGUCGUCAAGAAUUCGUGUAUUUUUCUUUUUAUUUUUUUUUGUGGUGGUGAGGUAUGUAAAUUCUUUUCAAUUUUGAAAUGUGGACAUUUCGCCAAUACGGCUAAAACCUUGUGUUUUGUCACUAAGUUUGUUGACAAAAUGCAGGUUUUUAGCCUAAUUGGCAAAAUGUGGGUUUGGCAAAAUGUGUUAAAUGUCUAACUUAACUUGUGUCUAACCUUAACUUGAACUCUUGCAAGAGUAGAGAAGGAGAAAAAAAGAAAGGUCAAAUAUACUCAAGUUAGAGUCUAGUUUAACUUUGUUUGAUUAGCUUGUGACUUUAAUAAACCUUUUUGAGGAUUGUUAAAUUAGAGAGAAGAAAAAGUUAGAGAAUGUAGGGGAAAAGGGACUUUUUUUAGGAAAUUUUUGUGGGUCGAUUUUAUUAUUAUUUUUUUGCUUUAAAUUUCUUAGUUUCCGGAUUCGUUUUUUUCUUUAUUAAAAAAUUUAAAUGUGUCAAAUGACGAAUUUUUGUUUUAUCAGCGAAAAAUGCUUUGAUAAUUUUAUUUUUUAAAAAAUGUUUAAAAAUUGAAGGAAAAGCAAUAAAAAUGUUGUUUGUUCCAAAAAUCGAGGAAAGGGGAGAAGAAGGUGGGAAGGGAAGGAGGAGGGAUGGAGUUGGAAAAUGAAUUUUUUUGCACCAAAAUUUUAAUUUUUAUGUCAAUGCAUUUAAUAAACAUUGAAAAAAAAUUUGUGUUUGUUUGUAAGAAAAUGAAAAAUGUUGUUAGAUGGGACGAAAUGUCACCUCAUUUAUAUUUUGUUAAAUUUUUUGGUUGAAAAUUUUUAUAAUUAAAUUCUCCUUUUUAGAUUUUAAUAAAUAAAAUUUAAUAUUAACCUUCUUUUGAUUAAUCCUGGCUUAUUGUUGACCUAUUAAUCCUGGCACAAGAUGAAUAUGAGUGGAAGCAGUAAAUUUGAUUGGCUUUUAUCAUCGUUAACGCCUAAUGAAUCUCAAGUCCCCUCAACGGCCGAAAUAAUUCAAAAGUGUCUGUCUGUGAAUCCUUUUGAUUUGAAAUUUCGAGAAGCAAACCAACAAAUUAGUAGUAGUGGACAGCCAGGCAGUAUUGGAGAUUCACAACUAGUUGGGACAUCGGGAAAUUUACCGGCGACUUCAGUUUUGUCUUCAGUUCUCAACUUGCCCCCAUCCAUUUCGUCAACUCAUUCUCCUGGAAUUUUUUCAAAUAUUAAUGUUCUCACGGCUGAUAUUGAAGGAGAAAUUCGUAAAACUAUUGAUCUAUCUAGAAAAGUUCAACAGCUUCGAGAAAAUGGAUUGUUAAGCAAACAAGAUGAUAAUCAACAACUAAAGACGCCGUGUACUUCUGAUGUUUUAAAUGCUGUCCUAGAUAUGAGCUCUACCCACCAAAUUGGAAGUGGUCAAUCUUCUCCUUUUAUCCCGUCAACAUCUCUAAUAGCUGCAAGCCUUUCUGGUCUUAAAGCUGCUCUUAAUUCUACAAUAGCUAAUUCAGGAAUUCCCACCAACAAUAAUCCUCUCCCUCAACAACAACAAAAUAAUUUAAUUCCAACAAGUUCAAUUCCAAAUUUAAAAAUUGAAGCAAAUAAUAUCUCUUUAAAUAUUGGAGGUGGAUUGGAUGGGAGCUUCACACCUAUAGGACUUGGAGGGAAAACAAUGUCAACACCAGAUUUACAUUUAACAUCUACUUCAUUGGCUACUAUCCCCGUAUUUAAACAACAACAACAUUCCCCAAUUUUGUCAAGGGAAGCUUUGGCUGCUGUUUUUCAAUCUUCUACUACCUCCUCUUAUGGACAACUACACCAGCAAAGAAUUAGUCGUCAAAAUAGCCCAAAUAAUUCAAUACAAAAUGAAAUAAAUUUGAGGACAUCAACAACACGUUUGGUUAAUAGUUGCAAUUUGGCUGAGCUAACACCUUCAACUGGUCACUCAUCAACAACCACGUUAAAAUCUGAUGAAGAAAGAUGGAAAAUAACAACACCUGAUCAUCAACAUCAACCACUUGUUGUUUGUCCACCACAAAUUACUAUUGCCCAACAAAGCCCUUAUUCAGCAAAAUCUUCACCUUCCGAAUAUAAUUGUAAUAUUAAUGAAAAUGAGAGUAACAUUAAAGAAAUUGGACGUCAACAACAGCAACAGCAACAAAUGCAAAAUAAUUAUCAUGGAAGAGAAAAACAUAAAAAAUAUAAAAAAUUUAGUUGUGGAGAAAGCAGCGCUGAUAGUCAGGUUAGCUCAACUAGAGGAGGAAGAGGAAGACGGUCUGCAAUAAACGAUAUGCCGCCAGAUGAACGUCGUGUAACCAUUUUAGAAAGAAACAAGGCAGCAGCUGUACGUUACAGAAAAAGAAAAAAGGAAGAACAUGACGAGAUUGUUGAAAAAGUGCAUAUUAUUGAACAAGAGAAGAAUGCGCUUGAAACUCAAAAUUCUGUUCUUCGAAGAGAAUUGGAACGUUUAACAUUUUUAUUACAGGAAAGAGAAAGUCGAUGUAUUUGUAAAGCAAAUCAAUUACAAGUUGGUGUAAGCAUAAUUGGACCCCCAUCACUCCAACAUCCACAACCAGAUGAAUUACAUCAACAACGGAGUCCAUCAACAUCAAGUUUUUUAAAUGGUUAUAGUUCUGGUCAUCCUCAUUCGCAUCAUCAUCCUCAACAACAAAUACGUCCUGGUUCUGCACAUUCUGCACAAUAA